CGGAGGGGGCGUGGCCCGGCGGGGGGGGGCGUGGCCCGCGCGGCGCUUCCCGCGGCAAAAGUGCGGCGGGCGCCAACUUCGGGCAAACUUUCCCCGCGCGCCGCCGGUACCGGCACCCCCGGACCCGGGACCCCCCCCGGACCCCCGGAACCCCCCGCCCUCAUCCCCGCGCCCCCCCGCCAUGCCCCGCCGCGGCUGACACCGCCGCCAUGUACUCCCCGUACUGCCUCACCCAGGAUGAGUUCCACCCCUUCAUCGAGGCGCUGCUGCCCCACGUCCGGGCCUUCUCCUACACCUGGUUCAACCUGCAGGCCCGCAAGCGCAAGUACUUCAAGAAGCACGAGAAGCGGAUGUCGAAGGAGGAGGAACGGGCCGUCAAGGACGAGCUGCUGGGCGAGAAGCCCGAGGUCAAGCAGAAAUGGGCCUCGCGCCUCCUGGCCAAGCUGCGCAAGGACAUCCGGCCCGAGUGCCGCGAGGACUUCGUCCUCUCCGUCACCGGCAAGAAGGCGCCGUGCUGCGUCCUCUCCAACCCCGACCAGAAGGGCAAGAUCCGCCGCAUCGACUGCCUGCGCCAGGCCGACAAGGUGUGGCGGCUGGACCUGGUGAUGGUCAUCCUCUUCAAGGGGGUGCCGCUGGAGAGCACCGACGGCGAGCGCCUGGCCAAGGCCCCCCAGUGUGCCAGCCCCGGCCUCUGCGUCCAGCCCCACCACAUCGGCGUCACCAUCAAGGAGCUCGACCUCUACCUGGCCUAUUUCGUCCACGCGCCCGACUCCGGACAAUCCGACAGUUCGAACCCCCAGGGAGACGCGGACAUCAAACCACUGCCCAACGGGCACCUGACCUUCCAGGACUGCUUCGUGACGUCGGGUGUCUGGAACGUGACGGAGCUGGUGAGGGUGUCCCAGACCCCUGUGGCGACGGCGUCGGGCCCCAACUUCUCGCUGGCCGACCUGGAGAGCCCGGGGGGCUACUACAACAUCAGCCCCGUCGCCCUCGGCCGCCGGCCCCUGGGGCCCCCUGCCGCCAGUGGCCCAAAGCGCCCCAAGGCGCUGGACGAGGGGGACCUGGAGGGUCCCGGGGACGACGUCUUCUACCCCGGGCCAGGGCGAUCCCCAGCCCCCGGCAGCAGCCAGGGGCCCUGGGGGGGUGACGUUGACACCGGCCCGGCGGCGCUGAAGAAGUCGGGGAAGUUGGAUUUCUGCAGCGCCCUGUCGGGGCACGGGGCCGCCCCCCGCAUGGCCUUCGGCCACCACCCCCUGCCCGUCCUGGCCGGCGUCCGCCCCGGCAGCCCGCGGGCCACCGCCUCGGCGCUGCACUUCCCGUCGGGGUCCCUCCUGCCCCAGUCGAGCCCCUACUUCGCCCACCCCACCAUCCGCUACCACCACGGGCAGGACUCGCUCAAGGACUUCGUCCAGUUCGUCUGCGCCGACGGCGCCGCCCAGGGCCCCCAGCAUUCGCAGCGUCAGGCGCCGCCGCUGCCCCCCGCCUUGUCGGCCUCGGACCCCGCGACGGCAACUUUCUGACCCUCCCCAGCAGCAGGUAAGGCCCCCCCGA